GAGAGGCUCCCCUGACUGGUGCCUCCUCAAAAAUAUAUAAAUAUAAUAACAACCUGCCCCCUUUUACCCCUCCCUUCCUCCCUUCCUUCCUUCCUCCUCGUUUUGAUUCAGUCUAUGCAGCCUACGCGCAGGAGGAGAGCGUCCGCCGCACAGUAGAGCCAAGACUGUCUACAGUGAGAGAGAGAGAGAGGUGGAGGAAACAGCUGCAAGCGGAUCCUCAACAUCAACAAGCUGUAUGAGGAAUCUGUAAAGAAGAAGAAGAAGAAGAAGAGGAAGAAGAAGAGGGGAUUUAGUGAGGACAGAGGGUGUUCCUUAUGUUUCCUCCCUCCUCUGCUUUUUGAUUCAAAGACUAGAGGCGUGCUUGCAAGACUAUAUCCUACAAGUGGUGAAGCGAUGCUUUAGUGGAGCAGAUUUUUUUCCUCGCCCAACGAUACUGUAAUUCCGAGCAGCAAUCCCCCCCAAACAUCUGUGGACGCUUUCUGCAGGGAGAUGGCUGUUUUCCGGCUGCUGCUGCUGCUGCUGCAAGUGGGAUUUGUGAUCGGAUCAAACCAUCAAUACGGGGAAUGGUCGGCGCAUGGGAGAGAUAUCAGAGCAGGAGAGGAGAUGCACGGCGCUCAGACGCACAGUCGGCAGCUGGCGCACCUCAGCGCGCCUCACCAUCCACCCGGGGAGACGCAGAAAAUAGAGGAGCAUCUCCCCAGGGUGGUGACUGCUUUUCUUCACACGGGGGACUCGACCACUUUAAAGCACGCCAACUGCUCGAGGAGAUACGAGCUCACCUCUCUGCGGGGAAGGUCACAAGCCACCCCGCAUUACUCCAUGAGCAGCGUGCUGGAUACGGUGCUGCACGCCACAAACUUCCUCAGCAUGAUCCUGCAAGCCAACAGGUCCAGGUCCAGGGAGCACAGUCUCAGGCGAGACAUUGAGUGGUACCACGCUCUGGUGAGGAGCAUCCUGGAGGGAGACGCCAAGAUCCACAGGGCUGUUGUCACUUUCAACUCGGAUUCAGCCACCGUGUCAAGGCCCACUGUGCUUCUCCAAGCCACAAGGGCCGGUGGAGAGAUAGUCCUCCGAGACCUCUCCAGCGUGGCCCAUCACCAUCUGCACAACCGCACAGCAGACACAGAGUGGUACCAUGAUGUGAAAGACAUGAAGAAGCCCAGUUUCCAUAAGAAGGUGCUGAGCCAAGAUUUCAUAUCAGUUGACAAUUCUCUAAAGAGAGGGGAGAGUUUUAUCCCAGACAAGACGCAUGUGAAAUGGUCUGCACCCUACCUGGAGUGUGAAAAUGGGAAUUUUGUUCCACGUUGGCUUUUGACCCUAUCAGCUGCUUUCUAUGGCCGGAAGCCCAACCUGGCUCCUGAAUUCAGGGGCGUGGUGCGCGUUGACAUUAAUCUACAGGAUGUUGAUAUCGACCAGUGCUCUGCUGACGGCUGGUUUGCUGGAACCCAUCGAUGCAACUUGACCACUAUGGAGUGUUUGCCGAUCCGUGGUCAUGGAUUUGUCUUGGACAAGUACAAGUGCCACUGCAAGACAGGUUACUACCACCCCAACAGAGUCGCACAGGAUAUCUUUGCCUCUGCAGACAGCGGUCCAAACGCAGACGAGGGGUCUUCCAGCGACUGCCUGCCGUGCCAGCAGGGCUGUGCUUUCUGCAAGGACGACACCCCCUGUGUGGCACGAGAGGACGGCGCUCUUCGCUUGGCCGUGCUGUCCUUCCAGUGCCUCUGUCUGCUGAUUGUCUUUGUUAGCAUGGUCAUUAUCUACCACUUUCGCAGGAAUAAGAGUAUCAGAGCAUCAGGUCUCGUCCUGCUGGAGGCCAUCCUGUGUGGAGCUCUGCUUCUCUACUUUCCGGUCGGGAUUCUCUAUUUCCAGCCGAGUGUUUUCCGCUGCAUCCUGCUGCGAUGGGUUCGACUGCUGGGCUUCGCCACCGUCUACGGGACUCUGACUCUUAAGCUGUACAGGGUGCUGAAGGUGUUCCUGUCCCGUACAGCCCAGAGGAUCCCCUACAUGACCAGCUGGCGAGUGCUGCGUCUGCUGGGCAUCAUCCUGCUCAUCGUCUGCUGGUUCCUGGUGGCCUGGACAUCUGCCGUCUGUCAGAACCCGGACAGGAAAUCGGCUCUCAUAGACGUGGGCUACACGCCCGACGGGCUGCAGUUCAGCAUGUGCCUUCUGGAUCGCUGGGACUACAUGAUGGCUGUUGCUGAGUUCCUGUUCCUGCUGUGGGCGGUGUACUUGUGUUACGCUGUGAGGACGGUGCCGUCGGCGUUCCACGAGCCUCGCUACAUGGCCAUCGCUGUUCACAACGAACUGGUCCUGACAGCUAUUUUCUACGUCAUCAGGUUCACUCUCGCUCCAGAGCUCCACCCAGACUGGAUGCUGCUCCUGUUCUUCACCCACACCCACUUAACAGUGACAGUAACAUUAGGUCUGCUUCUCAUCCCCAAGUUCCUGUUCGCUGGCACCCACAUGAGGGACGACAUCGCCUCUGAGGCCUAUGAGGACGAGCUGGACAUGGGUCGCUCUGGGUCGUAUCUCAACAGCAGCAUCACGUCGGCGUGGAGCGAGCACAGUUUAGAUCCCGAGGACAUUCGGGAGGAGCUGAAGAAACUCUACUCUCAGUUGGAGAUUUACAAGAGGAAAAAGAUGCUGGCCAACAACCCUCAUCUCCAGAAGAAGCGGAGCAGCAAGAAGGGAUUGGGCCGCUCGCUCAUGAGGCGCAUCACUGAGAUUCCUGAGUCGGUGCAUCGGCAGUGCAGCCGGGAAGACAAGGAGGCUGGAGAACACGGGAGUAACCGGAACAGUAUCUGCAUGUUGAAGAAGAACCCUUUUGAUCCGACUCACACUGCAAAGCAACCAAAGGAGGAGACGCUAAAGAACAAGGUUUUCUCCCUCAAGAAGUCCCACAGCAGCUACGAUCACGUCCGCGACCAGAGUGAAGACUCCAACAGCUCAGCGACCGACAAGAUGGAGGUAACCCCAGCAGAGGGCUCCCUCCUGGACACUCUCAUGGGGAAGAAGCUGGUCAAGAAGAAGUCCAGUGAGAAUUUGAACUCCCAAAGUGAGUCCACAGAAUCAGUUCCUCUGGUCUGCAAGUCGGCAAGCGCCCACAACCUCACCGCAGACAAGAAGCCAAUUCCUUCCAGAGCAUCCAUGUUGCAGAAGUCUCUCAGUGUCAUUGCCAGCGCCAAAGAGAAGACUUUAGGCCUCACAGGAAAGACACAGAGCCCAGAGGACAGCAAUAAGAAGAGUCAGCCAAAGACCAAAGACACAAAGGUCAAUGAAGAGCCCGACAGUGAAUGCCAACCCAAGAUGAUCAUCAGCCAGUCGGUCGAGUACAAACAGACUGCGACUAAAGGCAGGAUCAUGAAGCAGCCAGUGAGCGGCAGCCAGCCCACCAUCUGUUCUGACCCCAGCAAAGGAAAGGACCUUUAUGAUCUGUCAGAAGUUUGUCCCUGGGAAGUGGAGGAUCUCCCAACUCCAUCUGAAAACAAGGUGCAGAAGCAUGUAUCAAUAGCACCAAAGGAAACCACCACAGUUCACGGAGGAAGCACCAAGGGAGGUAAGUCCCAGAAGGAGCAGAAGCAGAAAGCUUCUGAUCAGUCUCCAACAAGUGCAAGACCUUCAAGGGACACUCAGAAGACAACAGCUGUGCGAGCAGAUGUUUGUCCGUGGGAAGAUGGGGGCGAAAAUCAAGGCGGUCAAGAAGGAGGCUCCAAGCAACAACCAACAAGUCAAGCUAGCAAACCUGCAAAGACCCAGCAGCCUCAUUCUGCAACAGAGAGCUCCAAAACACAGCGGGCAGAUGUUUGUCCGUGGGACUUUGAGGAGCCCCAAAAGACAACCGAGUUAUCUUGUUCACCAGAUAUGACUAAACAAAGAAAAGGAACCUCUCCUGUGGAUGUGAAAGGGAAAAGUUCCCUUUCAGAAGCAUCCAAAGCAGGAGUCUCUCUCCAGCUACCAACAGCAAAAGUUGAUGUAUGUCCAUGGGAGUACGACAGCACUACAGAACCUCCAAAUUCUGGACAGAGGACACCCAGUCCGUCUCGACAGUCCAAAACCAAGGAAUCCCCUUCCAAAAAGAAGGGCACCUCUCCCACAAGAACAGUUGAGAAAGAGAAACCAAAAGACGCUGAGGAGGAGAAAAGUAGAACAAAAGCAAAGGACAAGAGUAAAUCUUCAGAGAAACACGUGAGCCAGCAAAAAAUGGCGGAUGUGUGCCCAUGGGAUGCGGAGAGUCAACAGGAGGUGCAGGUGGUAGAGAAAAGGAGGAGUGCAAAUGUCGGCGCCGUCAAAUCUAAGCCGGUUGAAGUGUGUCCGUGGGAUUUUGAGGAUACAUCAGACAAAAAAGGUACAGACAUAAGUGCUCCUGUUGUCAAGCAGAGCGUCACAAACCCUAAAGGAGGGGUUCCAAGUGCUGCCAAGAAGGCCGAUGUUUGUCCCUGGGACUUUGAGGAAAGCACGUCGAGCAAGAAGGCAUGACACUCAACCUUAACGGACAGCUGAAGUUAGAGUUCUUGAUGUAUACUUUUUUUUCCACUUUGAAAUGGUUAAUAUAAUCUUUUACUAUUAGUGCGGUGACUUGGAAGAAAAGUUGAUCAAGUUCCACAAGUUGCCUUCUUUUCCGAGAUUUGUUUUGUUCCUGUUUUACUGAUUUUGAAAAUAAGUAAAAUGUACAAAAAACAAAAACAAAGUCAAGAUGAGCAUUCCAGAUUAUCGCAGGAAGAUCCUGAAGUUAAAUCUUAGAGAAAUUAUGCAACUUUUGAUUCAGCCUUUUCACGUGAAAAAAUUUGCAGUUCACAUGUUCUGUACUCGAAUCUUACAUCGUUCUUUUUUUGUGCAUUAACGUCAUCCCUGAACGGUUGAGGAUACAACGCGACGACGGAAGGUGACAGGAAGAAGAACUAUGAAACGCAGGUUGAUGUACAAAACAGCAAAAGUGAAAGCCAAAGAACAAGUGAGCGUUUGUUUGAAGGCAGUGAGGGAAGAACUCAGUUAGGAAAUCAGUCUAUUGCACUUUAGCCAAAUCCAUGAAUUAAGAGGACAGACUCUCCUUCUCCUUCUUUUUGUCUUCUUCGUUUUAUUUAAAGCAUGAUACCACACGAGAUAUCACACACUGACCAAACUCAGACAUGUUUUUAUCUGUUUUCUGUUCAUGGUUAGAUCUAUUUAAUUGUAGUUCUCAGCAGAUUAAAAUACUUCCAAGUCUGCAGAGAUGUACUGUAUGUGCCUAACUAACUAGCAUUGUCUUGUACCAGUCUGAAGGGAGGCGAGAGGCUUCCUCUUCAGCACUUUGUGUCGGUGAAUUAUAUAAACAGCAUGCACAGCCAGGUAUUGAGAGUGGUU